AAGCGUACAAAUAUGAGUACCGUUGUCACAUUUCCUCACUCGAAUCUCUGAUCUCGACUCUCGGAGGGUUUGGUGCCAUUUCCCGAGUGCUUCCCCGCCCUUGAUCGACUGCUGUUAAAUGUGAAGAAUGUCGAUGAAGAUAUAUAAGUGCGUCUACCUAGACACGACUCAAUAAACCACCCAAAAAAAAACUUAAUUACGUUAGUUUCGGUCAGACGGUUUCCGUUUUACCAAAUCAGGGCGUGCCAGAGAUAGCAUCUUCUUCAGAUCCCACAUUUAAAGAUGGAUUUAAAGAUGGAUUUUGUAUCCGUCGGGCGCUUCAUGCUCUACAGCCUCAGCCUCUACUUUAUCUAUAAAAUUCUUGCCCAGUUCAAGCACAUUAGGCGGCCGCCACUUCCUCCCGGACCGACACCCAAGUUCUUGGUUGGGAAUCUAGGCGACCUCCCUCCACCAGGGCAGCCAGAAUGGAAGCAUUGGCUAAAGCACAAAGAUGCGUACGGAGGUAUCAGUUCUGUUACUAUCAUGGGUCAGACUUUGGUUAUUGUCCACGACAUUUGUUUGGCGUUUGAAUUGUUGGAAAAGCGCUCGGCGAAACAUUCCUCAAGACCAAAACAGGUUUUUGCGGGUGAAAUGAUGGGUUGGGAAAAUUCUCUAGGACUCUCUCCAUAUAACAAUCGGUUUCGAGCUCUUCGGAAAAACAUGACCAAAAUGUUAGGCUCGCCAACCUCGUCAGCACGCUUCAAUGGCCUCCAAGAGAAAGAGGCUGGACAUUUUCUUCUUCACAUAUUGGACGACCCGAACAACCUCACCGAGCAUAUCCGAAAGCAAGCAGGCUCAGUCAUCCUCAAAAUUGCUUAUGGGUACACAACAGAACCGCAUGGUAGAGAUCCGUUGGUGGAGUUGGCCGGCCAGGCCAUGGAUCAAUUUGCACGGGCUGGAGUUCCUGGUACAUGGCUAGUUGAUAUGCUUCCAUUUAUGAAGCAUUUGCCAGACUGGUUUCCUGGAGCUGGAUUCAAGAAGAUUGGUCGUUUGUGGGGAUCCACGUUGUCCGAGCUUACCGAAAGACCAUAUGCUUUCGUCAAGCAUCAGAUGGCCGAGGGUGUCAACGAACCGUCAUUCCUGUCUGACCUACUCCAGCAGCCAAUCUCAAACGCUGAUGAUUUAUUCACAGUGAAAUGUUCCGCCAUGUCCUUAUUCACCGCCGGGGCAGAUACUACCGUUUCCUCGUUGUCAUGCUUCUUCUUGGCCAUGAUUUUAUUUCCAGAAGCUCAGCAAAAAGCACAAGAAGAAAUCGAUCGGGUUGUAGGAACGAAUCGUCUUCCGGAGGUUGCAGACCGACCCAAUCUCCCGUAUAUUGAUGCAAUGGUGAAAGAGGUGCUUCGUUGGCAUCCUGUAGCACCAAUGUGUUUGCCACAUAUGACCACCGAAGAUGAUAUCUGCGAAGGUUACUUCAUUCCGAAGGGAUCAUAUAUCAUGCCUAACGUUUGGUAUUUCACGCAUGAUCCCGCUGUCUAUAAGAAUCCAAUGCAGUUCAAGCCAGAACGUUUCUUGGCCACCGACAAUCAAAUCCCCGAGCCUGACCCGCAUACACUAGUUUUCGGUUUCGGACGUCGGAUAUGCCCUGGCCGUUUGCUAGCUGAUACUGCUCUGUUCAUCAAUAUUGCACAAGCUCUGUCAGUUUUCAAGAUCGGAAAAGCAGUCGAAAAUGGCCAGGAAAUCGACCCAGUGGUAGAGUUUCUACCUGGUGUCGUAAGCCAUCCAGCACCCUUCAGGGCUUCAAUAAAAUCGCGCUCCUCACACCAUGAAGAUCUUAUCAGGGGUAUCGAAAGAGUACAUCCUUGGCAGCAGAGUGACUCGAAGUUAAUGCAAAACGUUGUCAUUUAGUUAAUCUCUAUCAUGGCCCGUCGAUCAUACUGGAAGAGACAGGAGGGUAUAUUCGAAGGUAUUAACCUAAUAAUUAGAUUGAUAGAUCACUUCUGUUAGGGAUUAAUGAGAGGCGUGAGAAUGUGGACUGCAACAAGUCUAUAUUAGUCUGAAUAACGCAAUUUGAAAUAUGUUUAGCGUCUGGACUGUUCUUCG